CUUUGAUUCAAGGGUUUGUCGAAGAGGCAUUAGACGCCACAUUGGCUCCUUUUCCCUGGCUGGGCGUAUGCGAUAACACUGCGGAAUCCUCGCCUAGCUGAAUCCCAUACAUUACAUAAAUAUAACCGGAGUGUCUGCAGCGCUGCGUUGGUCCGCAAUCCGAGGGGAGUAUCGUUAUAUAGAGCGCAAGCCGACGGUCAAGAACCAGUUUCUAGCCUGGCGUUUUCGCAUGUGCCAGGGCUUUUCCAAAUGGCACAGGUUAGUACGGAUCAGAUUAAAGAAUGGCGUUCCAUCAUAACCCUGGUCGUCUUUGUCAUUGCUAAUAUUAUCGUCCUCUUUCCCUUCCACGUUCCUAUUUACAUACCCCGACGUCUUUCAAAUGCAAUCUUGGACACGCUCAGCGCUUGGAGGGUGAUAUCCUCGCCGCGACGAGAAGAUCACACAGUUCGCGGGUUCGUGCGCUUCAAUUUUCCUCUCAACUUCGUCACUGCGCCAUUGAUCGCGGAUCUCUUUCUACUGGCUAUCUCGGCUAUUGGUCGCAAGGAGGUCCAUGAUGGCACGGUAGGUGCCGAUAACAUCUCGCCGAUUGAUAUCAUGGCCUUUUUUCUGACCCUGGCCUAUAUUGCAAUCUCAAUCGAUGCAUCCGGCCUCGUUCGGUUUCUGGCAUUCAAGGUCCUGCAGAAAGGAGGGAAAGAAGGACAUAGGCUAUUCUUCUACCUCUAUGCAUUCUUCUUUGGCUUGGGUAGCUUCAUGGGAAACGACCCCAUUAUUCUCUCCGGCACGGCGUUUCUCGCUUAUAUGACUCGUGUGUCCAGCAAUAUUCUGCACCCCCGAGCAUGGAUUUUCACCCAGUUCGCUGUGGCCAACAUUGCGUCGGCCAUUCUGGUCUCGUCUAAUCCCACGAACCUCGUUCUGGCUGGGGCGUUCAAGAUCAAGUUUCUCGAAUACACCGCGAAUAUGAUCGUGCCUGUUGCCGUGACGGCCAUCGUUCUUUUUCCUUUCUUGCUUUACAUCAUCUUCGCCGAUGAGUCGCUAGUCCCGGUGGCAAUUGAAAUGCACGAAUUACCUGAAGAGGCCAAAGCACGGAAACCAGUUAAUCCAAAUAUCCCGAAUGCGCGCGGCAGGGCGGAUGGCGAAGAGGGGAAGCUUCUGUCUCUCGAAGAAAUCAUGAAUCCGUUUCUCGACAAGGGCGGAGCGAUAUUUGGUACCGCCAUCAUGGCUGCGACCCUCAUCACGAUCCUCGCGAUUAAUGCGGCUUCUCAAGAGCGUGGUGAGCACCCCGUGUUUUGGGUAACUCUGCCAGCGGCCGUCGUGAUGUUCUGUUGGGAUCUUGCUUUUGGGUGGAAGAACCGGCAUGAGACGCGGGAGAUCGCUCGCAAGGGCCGUCAAGAGCUCGAACAAUCUAGAGCCGACUGGUGGAUGACAUCGCGGCCAGACUUACUCCCAGGCUCUACCAGCCCGGGAGGUGACCAGUCCCGGGAGGAGCAGCUGUCGCCAAGUGGAGUUAGGACUCUGGAUGAGGAGAGGCAGGAUUUAACGCAACUUGGGAGGGAGAAUUCACGUCCGCGAGUCUCAAUGGCCAACCGUCCGGUGGCGGAUACACAGGAUAGUGCGCUGCCUACUGGGCUUCCCUCCAACCAUCCCGAGGCUCAGCACCAGACUGAGCGAACAACGAUCGUGUCCUGGUCGAUAGACACAUACCGGUGGCUCCAGGAGACCUUUCCAACCGCUACAGCAGUGGUAUCCCAUAUGCCUUUCGCAGUUGUUCCGUUUGCCUUGUCGAUGUUUGUCCUGGUGCAGGCUCUCGCCACAAAAGGAUGGAUCGAAGUCUUCGCCCGCGGAUGGGACCACUGGGUGAAGAGAACAGGAACAGUGGGCAGUAUCGGCGGCAUGGGCUUCUUGUCUGUGAUUCUAUGCAAUUUCGCCGGCACAAACAUCGGCACGACCAUUCUCCUAUCCCGCGUCAUCCAACAGUGGCAAAUAAUCCACGAGGCCGACGGAAUCCCCAUUUCCAACCGGACCUUUUGGGCAACAGUGUAUAGCAUGGCUCUUGGUGUCAACUACGGUGCGUUCAGUGCCGUGUUCAGUACCUCCCUCGCUGGACUUUUGUGGCGCGAUAUUCUCGCCCGAAAGCACAUCCGGGUCGACAGUCGGGACUUUGCGCGCGUCAAUCUUCCGAUUAUUGCUGUUUCUAUGGCUGUGGGGUGUGCUGUGCUUGUUGGCGAGGUGUAUAUUACGAGAGAGGAAACUCCUUAUAGGAAACUCUAGGAUCACUCCAAGGUAAAACUACCACAAAGGUUUCGGUCAACUUUACCGUUCCGCUAAAAAGGUGGCCAAGACAGUCAUUUCUAGCUAAUAUACAGUAUUAUAUCGGUUAGGGUUAGGGUUAGGGUAU